AUGUUUACGCCGCAGCUGAGGACGCUGCUCUUCUGGGCCUGGGUACUGGGAUACGUGGCCUUCCUGCUGUCCGUGAGGAGGAUGUGGACCGGGAAGUACGUCCGCAGCCCGCUGGUCAGGUCGCUGCUUGUCGGCAUGGUGAGCGACGGAGAGGCGGCGGCGGUGGAGACCCUCCAGUGGUACCGCUGCAGCCCCGACCUGCUGGGGGAGUCCAUGCGUCCUCUGUUCCUGCAGAGCCACCUGGACUCGGGCACCAGGUCGUUCCUCAAGCGCAGCGUGGAGAAGUCCGGCUGGAUGUUCACGCAGCUCUACCACUCCUUCAUGUCCACCGUGCUCAGUCCUCUGGUGUCCCGGACCUCCAUCAAUGGGUUUCUGGGCCGGGGCUCCAUGUUCGUGUUCUCCAGGGAGCAGUUCCAGCGGCUGAUGCAGAUUGGCCCGGACUGGAGGGCCGAGAGGCUGCUGGACCUCGGGGCAGGGGAUGGGGGGGUCACAGAGGUCAUGGGCUCCCACUUCAGGGAGGUCUAUGCAACUGAGGUGUCGGCGCCGAUGAGGUGGCACCUGCAGAGGAGGAACUACAAGCUUUUAGGGAUCGAUGAGUGGCAGCAGACGGGUUUCCAGUACGAUGUGAUCAGCUGCCUGAACCUGCUGGACCGAUGCGACGAUCCACUCCUCCUGCUGCGAGACAUCCGGCGCUCGCUGGUUCCCAAGACGGGACGGCUGGUCCUGGCCGCCGUGCUUCCCUUCCAGCCCUACGUGGAAGUCGGAGGGAGGUGGGAACGUCCCAAAGAACACAUCAGGAUCAAAGGGAAGACCUGGGAGGAGCAGGUGACCAAUCUGUCCAAUGAGGUGUUUCGCCGGGUCGGGUUCGAGGUGGAGGCCGUGACCCGGUUGCCUUACCUGUGCGAGGGAGACAUGUACAACGAUUAUUACGUCCUGGAUGACGCGGUUUUCGUCCUCAAGGCCUCGGAGGAGAACCAAGAGCCUGUUCUGUGAAUUCAAAGUGUUCCCUGAACUAAUCUGAGAGUGCAGGUGUGACGCUCGGGUACCGUAGUUCCUACCUUUACCAGCCAUCUUGUGUGACAGUGAUACCUCGACUUUUUGAAGCAAAAAAAAAAAAAAAACUAAAAAGAAGUAGUGAAAGGCUUUUCAGCCUCUACAGA